AUGACACCCAACGAUUCGCGCCGUUUCCUUCCUCUUCUACCGAGCUCGGUCUUCUCUCGUAGCGCCUCCAACCUCCACUCAGAGUCCCACCCAAAUGCAGACUACGACUUCUUCUACCAAUCCCCCCAGCGCCCAGGGACAGCGCGUACAGUCACGUCCUACUCUGUGCCAGACCUGACGCUGACUGCGCUUCCCCCACCUCCACUCCCUCCCCUACCGAAUCAAGGUCUGCAGCCGAUGAACAUCCAGCCCCCAAGCCCACGCAAAAGUAUCAAGUCUCCUCCUAGGUCGCCGACCAAAUCAACGAAGGGGUCGGGAUGGCGCCGCGUGGGAAGGAAGAUCAAGCGCGUUUUCAAGUUUGGCCGUCAGAGAAAGAGGGGGAGCAGGGAGGUGGAGGGACAAGGAAAAGUUCUGGAUAUCGGCUCGCCGUAUGAUUUCCAACAUUUGGAGACGCAUGGUUUUGAAUCACUGCGGACUGGUGCGCCAGCUAGUGGUCAUGGAACGACAAUGGGACAGGUGGGAGCUGAGUCUAGAGAUGCAGAGCAGGGCGGUGGAGCGCGAGGAGGAGCGUUGGGUAGGCUGGAUUUUGAGGGUACGGCUAUCGAGGAUGAUGGAAUGUCAGAGUGGGAAGACUACGAGGGCGACACAAGGAACUUUUUCCGGCCGGAUACCAGCAGAUCUGGGGCUUAA